AUGUCUGGUUGCCGUAAAGGUGGCAAAGGUCUUGGAAAAGGUAGCGCUAAGCGCCAUUGUAAAGUGCUUCGUGAUAAAAUCCAGCAGAUUACAAAACCAGCUUCAGAUCGAUUAUCGAUAGACGAGGUGGUGUGGAGCGUAUCUCCGGAAAUUGAAACGGUAGGUCCGAAUCCAAAGUGA